AUGCUUAUUUUCUUUCAAUUACAACUUGCAAUUGCUUAAUGGGUAGUUUAUUAUAGCUCCUUUAAUCAACCAUAUUGGAUUUACUGUUCCGAUAAUACUUGCCCUUUCGGAUUUAAGAAACAUUAGAGCACCACAUAGAAUGCCCUCUAUAAAAAUUGUUCUAAUCCAAAAGGAGUAGCUUUAAUUUUGCAAAAUUCACAAAUGAGCACUAUUUCAAAUUACUAAUAUAAACAACAGAAUCCUUCUUCAAAUAAUCACACAAUUGUAUUUGACGUAUACUACAUUUCAUAAUGGAAUAAUGACGCACUGAUAUUCCAAUAUAAAAAUUAGGCUUAUCAAUUUAUCUAUUCUACAUAGAAUCCAUUUAAAUUUGUAAACGGAGCAUGCAAUUCAGAACAAUAUGACGUUAGAACAUAUCAAAUCUCUCUUCCUUAUACCAAUUAAUUUACGGAGAUUAAGUUCAGGCUAACAAAUUCGUUGACAAAAGCAUUAAUUAAAAAUAUCCAUUUUUCAUAUAUUUCUUGUCACGGUACCUGUAAAACAUGCACUGGAGUAGGUUAUAAUGAAUGUACAUCAUGCAUUUCCGAUAUAACUCUAACAGACGGCAUUUGUCGAUGUCCUUAAGGAAAAACAUAAUACAAUUCAAAAUGUAGAGAAUAUUGUUUGCUUGGAUACACAGAUAGAAGGGGAAGAUAUUGCAAGACAUAUCCAUAAUCUUACUUCCUAUUUUUAGAUUUAAUCAAUUUCUAGUAUUCUAAAUUAAUAAAUUGGGAUAUUAUUUAUGAUCCAAAGUAAUUGAGCAAUCAAAAUAAAAAAGCAGGCCCAUUAUUUGGGAUUUUUAGAUAUAACGAAGGAGCUAGCGCUAUAGUUAAUACUACUUAUUAUGUAUACCCAUUAGGAGUGUAAUUGUAUCUUUACACAUGCAAUGCAACUCCAACAAAUUCAGGGAUUUCUCUUUAUUUAAAUAAUACUUACUAUUCUUCAAUCUACUAUGAUGGUACCAAUUAUAUUGGGAACAACAUUUAUAUCGAUUAUGUCGGGGAAAAAGUAUUAAGUGGUUGUUCAUCUGCUAGACUUAUAUAAUUAUAUGCGAAUCUCAAAGUAGAAUAAGGCGGCUUCAGUUUUGCAAUCAAAGGGAACUUACAUCUGAUAAUUCUGGAUGGUAUUUGUUAUAAGUAGUAAUUUGCAGUCCACAAUGUCCGAUAAAUUGUUUAAAAUGUAAAAAGUCUUACAUUUGUUCAUAAUGUUUCUCUGGGUAUAAAUUAGUUUCUGAUGGCAAUUGCAUAAUAUAAUGUCCAAAAGCUUCAAAACUUUAGAACAAUAUUUGUAUCAAAUAUGAUGAUGUGA